AUGUCUCCAGACAUCGGAAUAUUCAUGAUUCCAAUUCCAAUUGGCUCCAGCCUUGUAGACUUUCAGACUUCUGUUCCUAUCUAUCUAUCUAUCUAUCUAUCUAUCUAUCUAUCUAUCUAUCUAUCUAUCUAUCUAUCUAUCUAUCCCAGUCUGUUCUUUAUCUAUCUAUCUAUCUAUCUAUCUAUCUAUCUAUCUAUCUAUCUAUCUAUCUAUCUCAUUCUGAUACUAUCUAUAUUUAUCUCAUUCUAUCUAUCUAUCUAUCUAUCUAUCUAUCUAUCUAUCUAUCUCUCUAUAUAUAUAAUAUUAUUAGCUGGCUACUCUGAACUCGUGUCGCCCAUUUUUAUAUUUCUCAAAUUAUCACUUCAUUUUUUUUCUUAUUUCCUGUUUAUUCUCUUUCCCAAUCCUCCCCUCUCUCUCUAUCUAUACACCCUCUCUCUCUUUUUCUCCCUCUCCAUACCUCUCUGUCUCUGUCUCUCUCUCUCUGGCAUUCGCGUCGGCCUUUUACUUUUAUUUUUUGCCCUCUCACUUUAUUUCUUUCUUUCUUUCUUUCUUUCUUUCUUUCUUUCUUUCUUUCUUCUCUCUCCCCCUCUUUCUCCCUCUUUUUCUCUCCAACCACCUCUCUCUCUCUCUCUAUUUCUGAAAAAACACAAUUUCUCUUUAAUCUUCACCUGUUCACUUUCCAGUUGUUUUCUUUUCACAUCUGUUUUCCUUUUGUUUUUAUUUUCGUGCCGAUUGUUCAUCUUUUUCCGUUUCUUCACAUAUAAUAGGAAACCUCUUCCGCCAUUUUCCUCUAUCUCUUUGUGUAUAUAG